AGCCGGAGCCGGAGCGGAGCCGGAGCGGAGCCGGAGCAGCGCAGCGGGGCGAGCGGGCAGCCGGAGAGCCGGAGAGCCGGAGAGCCGGAGAGCGAGCGGGCCAGCGCGGGCGGCGGGCGGCGGGCGGCGGCAAGUCACCGUCCAAUGCGCGGCCGCUGUCCCCGCAGCGCCCAGUCCGGCCCGGCGAGUCAUGGCGACCGCAGCGUCUAACCACUACAGCCUGCUGGGCUCGGGCGCCUCCAUCGUGCACGCCGAGCCGCCGGGCGGCAUGCAGCAGGGCGCGGGCGGCUACCGCGACGCGCAGAGCCUGGUGCCCGGCGACUACGGCUCGCUGCCCAGCAACGGGCACCCGCUCAGCCACGCGCACCAGUGGAUCGCCGCGCUGUCCCACGGCGGCGGCGGCGGCGGGGGCGGCGGCGGGGGCGGCGGCGGCGGGGGCGGCGGCGGGGGCGGCGGCGGGGGCGGCGGCGGCGACGGGUCCCCGUGGUCCGCCAGCCCGCUGGGCCAGCCCGACAUCAAGCCCGCCGUGGUGGUGGCGCAGGGCGGGCGCGGCGAGGAGCUGCACGGCCCGCCGGGCGCCCUGCAGACGCAGCACCCGCCGCCGCCGCCGCCCCCGCCGCAGCCGCAGCCGCCGCCCCCGCCGCCCCCGCAGCCGCCGCGGCCGCCGCACCUGGUGCACCACGCGGCCAACCACCACCCGGGGCCCGGCGCCUGGCGCAGCGCGGCGGCCGCGGCGCACCUGCCGCCCGCCAUGGGCGCGUCCAACGGCGCCCUGCUCUACUCGCAGCCCGGCUUCUCCGUGAACGGCAUGCUGGGCGCCGCCGGGCAGCCGGCCGGGCUGCACCACCACGGCCUGCGGGACGCGCACGACGAGCCGCACCACGCCGAGCACCACGCGCACCCGCACCCGCACCCGCACCCGCAGGGCCCGCCGCCGCAGGGCCCGCCGCCGCAGGGCCCGCCGCCCGGCCACCCCGGCGCGCACCACGACCCGCACUCGGACGAGGACACGCCGACCUCGGACGACCUGGAGCAGUUCGCCAAGCAGUUCAAGCAGCGGCGCAUCAAACUGGGAUUUACCCAAGCGGACGUGGGGCUGGCGCUGGGCACCCUGUACGGCAACGUGUUCUCGCAGACCACCAUCUGCAGGUUCGAGGCCCUGCAGCUGAGCUUCAAGAACAUGUGCAAACUCAAGCCUCUGUUGAACAAGUGGCUGGAGGAGGCGGACUCGUCCUCCGGCAGCCCCACCAGCAUAGACAAGAUCGCAGCGCAGGGGCGCAAGCGGAAAAAGCGGACCUCCAUCGAGGUGAGCGUCAAGGGGGCCCUGGAGAGCCACUUCCUCAAGUGCCCCAAACCCUCGGCCCAGGAGAUCACCUCCCUGGCGGACAGCUUGCAGCUGGAGAAGGAGGUGGUGAGAGUUUGGUUUUGUAACAGGAGACAGAAAGAGAAAAGGAUGACCCCUCCCGGAGGGACUCUGCCGGGCGCCGAGGACGUGUACGGGGGCAGCAGGGACACGCCGCCGCACCACGGGGUGCAGACGCCCGUGCAGUGAACUGG